UUACUAAAAAACACAACAAAGUAUUAUCUCAAAUAAAAAAAAGUUGAACGACGAACUAAACACAACAGUAGUAUUUUUAAUUAUUAUUUGUCAUAUUUGUGCUACAUUGUCAACAUGGGUGACGACUUGCAGGCCAAUGUUUCUAUGUAUAAGCUGCAGCUUCAACAGGUUGAAGACUCAUUAACCCUUGAUCCAGAAAAUGAAGAUUUGCUGAAACUCAAGACAGACCUCCAGGAGGUCAUUCAGCUCACGUCGGAUCUGAUUGGUCAGAAGCAGUCACCUGACGAGGUUGCUGCAGGUCAGGACAAUGCAUCAGGUCAUGAUGCCACGGCAACCAAGCGGGUGGCUACACAGCACUGGCAGCCAGGCGACAAGUGUUUGGCAAUUUGGUCAGAAGAUAAGGGGUACUACGAAGCCACAGUGGAGGAGGUAUUGGAAGACGGGGCCUGCACUGUCACAUUUGAAGAGUAUGGAAACACUGAGGUUACUGAGGUCUCCCUUCUGAAGCCCCUGGAGGUAGACACUGGCAAGAAGAAAGCCCUUGAUGGGGCAGCAGGCAGCGCUGAUCAGAAGAAACCUCUCUCAAAGAAAGACAAGCAGGCCUUGGAGCGAGAGUACAAACGUAAGAAGUCUCAGAAGAAAGCUCAGAGGCGCAAGGACCUGGAGGAAGAGAGAGAGACUGAGAAGAACAAGUGGAUUGACUUCAACUCUAAGACAUUUUCCAAGACCAACAAAGGGAAAGUAAAGAAGAGCAUAUUUGCAACACCGGACACUGUAGAGGGCAAGGUCGGAGUGGGCACAUGUGGACACAGUGGCAAACCCAUGACUAAGUUCACACAUCAGGACAAGUGGAGAAAGUGAGGCAGCUGGACAACUGUGCAGGAUUUUGUGAAUGAACCAUUUUUAAAAUAUCUGGGACCGUAUUCACCAACCCAUUCUUAGACUUAAAAACACUGAAUAGCCUUAGGACAAAGAAAAAUAUGUUAAAAGUUUUAAUGUAUACAGACGUUUACGAGUGAUUUAUUGAUUUACAAAAUGUUUUACACGAAGAAUGAUGUUGAUGAAGGUGGUUUAUAUCGAAUUAAAGAAAUUCUUGAAUAUUCCAAUUUAAAGAAUAUUCUUUUUUCUGAGACUUGGUUCUAAAAAUUGUUUGGUGAAUACGGACCCAGGACAAGUGGAGUAAAGCUCAGAUAUGUGUAUAUUACUGUAGAUCAUUGUGUGACUCGGCUAUUUUUAACGAAGCAGAAUAACUGGAGAAAGGGGUUUAAGCGUUUCACAUAGAAUAUUGUAUAUUAAAGAUAGACAAUAACAAAAUAAAAUACUUGUACUGGUGUACCUUUUUUAAGACAAGACAUACAUGUAUCAGGAUAAAUGAAGUGAUAGUCAACAUGCUUAAGGUGAUCAUCUUUGAUGACCUUUUGUUCGUCAUUCAUCGUCUGUAGUUCGAUGUGAGCUGUAUAAUAUUUUUUUAAACACUGUAGAGGCCAUUUUUAUUGCCCAAUUCUCAUGUAUUUCAGAAUGUUUGUCCAAAUGAUAUAUUGGUCGGGUUUAAAACAGAUUCAAGCAAGGUCGAAACUAGGUCAUUUGGUCAAAUUAAAAAAUUCUUGUGAACACUCUACAAUUCACAUUUUUAUACCCCAACGAGCUGCAUAUAGUUUUUGCCCUGUCUGUCGGCCGGUCGGUCUGUCUGUAUGUCCGUCCGUCACACUUUUUGUGUCCGCUCUCUAAUUCAAGUAGUUCUCAUGCCAGGCCAAAAACUAGGUCACAGGGUCACCUAGUGCGUUUCAAACAUUCAGCAUGGUUUCCGCUCUCUAAUUUAAGUAGUUUUCAUUCGAUCUUCCCCAAACUUGGUCAGAAGUUGUAUCUAGAUAAUGUCUACGCCAAGUUCGAACAUUGGCCAUGCUGGGCCAAAAACUAGGUCACAGGUUCAGUCUGACUUGAAAUAGUUUCACCAUGUAGGUUUAACAUACUUUUAUUUCAACCAACCAAAUGUUGAUUCGUUAUAACCUCUUUUUGAACAUAACCUAAACUUAUGGUUUCCAGACAAUAUUUCAUUACUAAGAUAAGUAUGUUAGUUAUGUCACACAUAUGUUGUUUGUAUUCACUGACAUUGCCAAAAUUAUGUUUUUUUUAUUGUUCGUUAUUGUCCCCUACCGCUUUCACC